CAUUGUGAUUCCUGGAUUUAUAACUAAUGUGAAUUAAAGUGAAUCAACUUGAAAACAAAACAUCUUUCUCUUUGAUUGUCUACUCACUGUUAGUAAAUGUUUCAUAAAGUGAAAAAUAAUUUCAACUAAUGAUAAUGUUAGUCUUAGGAAAAAGGAGAAAAAUUUAGCUCAAAGUGAAACAACAUUAUCAACAUUAUUAGUUGACAAAGCAUCAUCACUGUAAUUCAAGUCAUCAUUAAACUCAUCACAAUCAUAAUCAUCAACUGUAACAUCAUAAUUUAUCAUUCCGUGUUCCCUGUUGGUCACAAUUAUCAAUCAUUUUUACAUCUUUUUUGAUCCUCUUUUUGUUCACUCCAGUUUCUUCAAUAGUUGACCAGACAAGAAAACAAUAAACCAAUCAAUAUCUCAAAAUGACUGACUUUUCCGAUGAUCCAGUUACUUAUUAUUCAGACGAUGAGAUGGUUAUGAAAAGGAAAGGAACACCUUUCGGUGGAUUACGAAGUAAAAAAGGUCAUCCAAUUUAUUCUCGAGAAGACAUUAGAGAACAGUAUUGCAUCAACAGAAAAGAACUUCAAGUUUUCGAAGACAACAUUUACCAUCAAAGAGGACUUUUUGGCUGUUUAUCGACAAGUCACCUUCCAGAUACUAAUCCAUGUAACAAGAAUUUAUAUCUCUUCUCAUGUAUGCAAAAAGGAAAAUGUUCAACUGAUUUAGAGCCAGAACAUGAAGCAACCUUUAGAAAUCGAGUUAUUGAUAAAUCUGGUUACAGGAAUGAUGAAGAAGAUGAAGAUUCGGAUGGAGGUUUCAAAAGAAGACCCAAGCCUAGAAAUCUUGCACUGUUGGAGUCGAGGAACUGUUGGACUGGACGAUUUACAGGCAACAGCUCAUCCCAUUUCCGAGCCAAUGAACGACUUCCAGUCAGCACAAGUCAGCCAAGUGAAUUCAAUGAAGGAUAUAAAUUGAACCAUAAACAAGGAGUUCAACAAAAUAGACCAAAUUUGCUCGAUUUCAAAGCAUCAAAGGAUUCACAACCUUUUUCUUCUUCUUCAAGUAAAAGUGUCGAUGAACUCAACAAUAGCAACAGUAAUGGUAACUCAUUAAGCGAUUCAUGGGCAGUGAGAACAGGUUCAUCUGCUUUACGUCCAUCCAAUCCAGGGGCAAGCAAAGUGGACUAUCCAAUCGACCAGCGUGACGAGAGAACUAAACAUGUGAGCUUUGAUUGUUCCAAUUUAAUUCGAAGUAACACAGUUGCCUCUGGACUUGAAACACCGUGCAACCCAUCAAGUUCGUCAGCAACACCAGGCAAUACCCAUGAUCACUAUCACCUUCAACAACAACAUGUUCAUCAUAUUCACCCAACAGAUUUAUCAUCACAUCGAUACAGUUUAUCUUCAGCUUUGGCCAACACAAGUACUAGUUCAACCUCAAUGGAUCCAUUUCUCAAUCAACUGUCACCCGAUCCAUUGAACAGCAAAAACACACUGCUCACCCCGCGAUCAUCGUAUCCUGCCUCAGUAUCCGGUGCCAAUUACCGUCAGUCUAGCCAACAUUCAUUUACUUCCAAUAAUCUUGGAACUCAGUCACAGGAAAGACUGAUUACCGGUUCAUUUAGAUCCAUUGAAAGAUGCGAAUCAAUUGGCAACUCUUCCCUGUUCCUGGUUAACCAGCCUAAUCAUCUCAACUGUCAACCUUAUUUCAAUCCAGUCUCAUCAUUAACUCAACCAAAUCAACAGCCAACAACACCAAUUGGUAGUAAACAGUCACAGGUUCGUUCAAUAAGACGAGUUGUAAUGAAAACUCAUGCAACUCAAACUGAAAGUUCAUUACCUUCAGGCAAUCAUCUGACUGACUCAUCACCUUUGCCCGAUUAUCUGACUUUGUCUCCUCGAGCUUCAGGUUCCAAGUCACCCAGUAAAGAGGAUAAUUGUGAUGCUGAGCCAGAUGCUCAUUGGAAUCGAUUGCCAAAUAAGUUUAUUGAUCACGAUAAUGAUUAUGAGACCAACUCAUCAACCUUUUAUGAGUCGAGUAAAAACUUUAGCUGCUCUUCCCAUCAACACAGGCAACAAUACUCACAACCUCAAGUUCAGUAUAAAACUCAGCGAGUCCAUCGUGCUCAUGCUCAUUCCCAUCAUCAUCACUCUUAUAACCAUCAUCAAGCCUCAAAUAGGCGAACCAGAAAUGAUAAUGUAAAUGAAAAUGUAAAUAACAUUGGAAAAGGUAAUCCUAGUCGUUCCAAUAGUUGUUUAUCUUCAUCGUCUCAGGUUGACAGUGAUGAUGAGGAUGAGAAUGUGAAAAAUAAUGAAAUGGUAAACCUUGAUGGGAGAGAAGCAAAGGGAAGGGAUAAAGUUCGUAGCAAUUAUAAUAUGCAAGUUAAAGAGUUUAUUUUAGAGGAAAGACAAUCCAAGGUUAGAACUCGAGUUCGAAUGAAGGUCCAGCGAAGCCUGUCAACUUCAAUUGAUGACACCGAGUUGGCCAAGGAAGUUGAUUGGCAUUCAACGCCAGCACCAGUCCAAGCAAGUGCAUCUGCUUCAAUAGCGAAAAAUGGGGUCCAAAAAGAGUGUCCAAGUGAAGCUCAUUCCAAUGAGCUUUCAACCAAAUUACCUUUAGCACAACCUUGUGUCAUCAAGUCAAUAUCCAUUGAUCAAAUGAAUGAACACACCAAUUAUCAUUCCCUAUCCAACCUGGAUGGAUCCAAUACUGAGACCAAUCACAUUUCCUCCCUUCGUGAUAUCGGCCUUUAUCGACGUCAUUCGGUUGCAGCCGACUUUUUUACUAGUCCAAAUGGUCCAGUACUGUAUCCACCGCCAGGAUUUGAAGAUGGUUCAAGUCCAACUGCAGAUUGCAAUGAGUCACCUGCUCUUGGAUCGUAUGAGGUGCGUGACGGAAGAAGUGCAUCAAGCAGCUCUUCGAGCAAAGCUUUCGUUUCGGGUGAAGGGACUGAUGAAGGUGAUCAUUCAUUGACUGAGAUGGAUGAUGACUACGACUCGCCUACACUGAUUAGUGAUCUGUCAAGUGCUUUACUCACACCUUCUAAGCAAGGCUUGUCCAAGGGAAAAGAAAAGGUUAAGAAUGUUUCAAGUUUCAAGGAAAAAGUGUCUUGGGAUGAAAAGACUGGCGAUGCAAAUGUUCAUGUUGAUAUUGAACAAGCCAAUCAACUGAAAGAACCAGUUAAACGCUUAUCUUCGGAAAGCUCAGUGACCAACAAUUCUGCCAUUUCUUCGCCAGUAAAAAGUGAACCUUUUGAUAAUGAAAAUGAAGUUCAAUUUUUGAAUGAAACGGAAUGCUUUGACUUUUCUUCUAAACCAAUUGUUCGGAAAACAUCAGGAAGUGGUUCAUCCAUUUAUAACACGGCUAAUGAAGAGUCACCCAGAGAGGAAGAUGAUGAGGAUGAAGAUGAAGGAGGAAAAGAAAAUGUCGUUAGAAGAAAAGGUUUCGAUGAAAGUGAAUACCAAGAGAAUGAUGAUGAAAAGGAAUUUAUUCAGCCAUCAUUGUCUUCCACUGAACAAAAUGAUUCAACUCUAACGAUUAAAUCCGUUUCUCCAUCAACCAAGGCUGACGGUGAAGUCGAAUUGAAUAAAACUCUGUUCGACUCUCAAACUGAAUCAAAGGUUCUACUAACUCCGAUUGGAUUGCGAGUUAGACGAAAAUCUGGUUCAUUGAGUAAUAAAAGUGGAAAUGAUGAUAAGCUUAUUGAUUUGGGUUCAAGUGAUGUUGAACUUGAAUGUACUGGUUGGCGCAAAGAGCUUGUCGAAUCUCCUCUUUCGGAUUCUUUGAUUUCCAAAGGUUCUUCAGAUCAAGAGCUUGAUUCGGAAACUCAAGGUGUCAACAGUGAAACAGUUACUCCUAUUCAUGAAGUUUUCUCAUCAGAUCCUUCCUCAACAGGACGUGAUUAUGCCACAAUCGUUGAAGUUGCAAGAAUAGCUUCAAUGGGUUCACCAACAUCAACAGAAGUGACAAUCAAGUCGGAAGAAGAAGAAGAAGAAGAAGAAAACGAAAGUGAAAAUGUACAAAAGUUUGAAGAUGAUAAGAAUAGGUUAGAAGAUGAAAUGGAAUUGAAAACGAAAAGAGUAAACAUGAAUUUGGAAGAAAAGAGGAAAGAGAAUAAUUCAAAUAAUCCAAAUGAAACUGGUCAAGGAUCAGAAGAGAGUUCAAUUGAUACUUAUGAAGUAACACUGACCACAAUAACAAUGGGAACAGGAGCUUCAUCUUCAACAACAACAGCAACUUCAAAUUCAAAUGAUUCAACCAAUGCUGGUGAAGAUAGUGAAGGUGAUCCAGUUGAAUCGGAUAAUUUGGACAUUUUCUCGUCAGAUAAUAACAGUAAUAAUACAAAUGAGAAGGAAGCCUUUUCAUUGACUGCAUUGGGAUUGUUUUGUAGACGCACCUUGUCGGGCGAAUUAUCCACUGUAUCUGAAGUUUCGGAAGAAAUUUCAGGCCUUAAAUCACUUGAGCUUUCAGGUCAAUCAGUUUCACCAACUCCAGGUCUUAAAGAGUCAUCUUCAUCAGAAGGAACAUUAAAUAACAAGGAAGACGAAGUGUGUGAAGAAGGUGAAGAGGAUCAAAAGAAGGAUCAGAUUAAGCAAAGUGAUUGUGUUCAAAAGAAGGUUUCUUUAUUGGAACUUCCUGACAGAACUGAAGUCAGUUCACCUUCUUCCUUUUCCGAUUCAACAACAUCGGGUUCAUUCUUGAUCGAUGGUCAACCAGAGUCUAACUUGCCGGAUGACCAGUGUGAAUCAAAGACUCCAACUGAAGAAACUAUUGAAAGGGAAAUUGAUUCAACGAAAUGUGAUCAUUUCAAUGAGAAUCGUAAACGAGUUAAACUUUCAGAGGAAACUUCAAUUCUUGGUGAAUCAGUUGAGGAGCAAAUUGGUGAAAUGGUUGACGAUGAUGAUGAUGAUGAUGAUUAUAGUGAUAAGUGUAAAGGCUAUCAUUUAAUGGAGGAAAGUGAAGAAGUUAAAAGUAAUAAUCAUCAAACUGGUGUUCAUUUCGAUCUAUUGGGUGAUAAAUCGUCUGGGAAUAAUAACGUUAAGGAAGAUGAGAGGGAAGAGGAAGAGAGAAGGAUGGACAAUACGGGUGGUGAAUCAUCACAGGCUACUGAACAGGAUAUGGCUCGUUUGGAAUUUUCAUUGACCCAGCAAAGUUCCCAGGAAAUUGAUGAGGAAUCGUUAUCGAUGGGAACUCAUCAUAACAAUAAAGGUGUAAUAACAGGAUCACAGGUUCACCAUGCAAUUGAAAUGAAUUCAUAUUCCCAUGAAUCACCAGUUCCAUGUAAAGAAUUUCAAGAGAACCUCAACUCUACUCCCAAUGAAACCAACAAUAAUAGUAAUGAAACUAAUAAUGUUCCAAGUAAUGCUAAUAACAAUAAUAAUAAUAAUGGUGAUAAUAUUUUUCCAGAAGCUUCAAGUGGACUUCAAGGUUCCAGUUUAAAUAAGAAAUUGCGAUUUAUUGAGAGUAAAAAGAGUGCGUCGAUGGGAACAUCAGUGGACAGAAGUGAUGUUGAAAGUUCAGUUAAAAUGAGUGAUGAACAACAGCAACCCAACAACCAUCAUCAUCAUGAUAAUAAACUAGUGUCUUCUCGUCCAACUGGAGUAGCCAAGGUUUGUGCAAACAACGGUAAGCGACCACCGUUAGAAAGGCGAACCCGAUCAUUGACUCGCUCACCGGGUAAAUCACUCAGUCCAGUCCCAUUGUGUACCCACCAGUUUACCUGUAACCAUUGUGGUGAAAGUGCUUCCCAUGGUAGUCCAUCAACAACAACCAGUAGUCAACCCAGUCCAAGUCAAGGCUCUUGCAGUGCUCUAAGCACAUCUUCACAUGGGACUCGUAAAGGAGCCACUCGGUCACCCCAUCCAUACCGCAAGUCAGCCACCAUUGAAGACAUGUUGAGCUACCGUAAGGACGAUGAUGAAGACAUUGGAGUUUAUUCGGAUGCUUACAAGUCAUGCCCAUGGUUUUACAUUGGUCAUCAUGAUGAGCUUCGUGUUUGGGGUCAACGUAGACUUGACAAACAAGAGCAAGUUGACGAGGCUUGCAAGGGGCGAGACGGUUUAACCGAGAGUCCACAGGGUGACAUCGAGUCAACACCUUCGGAAAAGGGAUUCAAGAAACACUAUGAAGCUGUAACUCACCGAAUGAUUCAUCGCAAGGCUUCCAUUGAAAUGUACAAGAAAAUUUUGGACAAUGCGUUUAAUGUUGAAAAGUCUGUUAUAGUUGAACGUCUCAAUGGUGAAUUUGGAUUCAGAAUCCAUGGGAGUCGUCCUGUUGUUGUCUCUGCUAUUGAAAGAGGAACUCCUGCUGAAAGUUGUGGCCUUGAAGUUGGUGAUAUUGUUGUUAGUGUUAAUGAUAUGAAUGUUCUUGAUGCUUCCCAUUCUGAGGUUGUCAGAUUAGCUCAUGCAGGAUCAGAAACGUUGAAACUUGAACUUGUGCGAACCUGUCAAAAAUUGAAAUCAGCUUUGAAAGAGUUGAAAGAUGACGAUGAAAUAUUCAGUGGAUACUUGAACCGUAAAUCACCCAGCUUAAUGUCAUCCAAUGUUUCAAAUGAAUCUCUUUGCUGGAAGAAAAGGUGGUUUGUUUUGAGGCCAGAUUAUUGUCUCUAUUGGUACAAUCAACCAAAGACCAUUGAUCCUUUAGGAGUAAUAAACCUACAAAAUUGUACAAUCACAUUGAUACCUCCAUCCACAGUGAACCAUUGUGAGAAUCGUUAUUUACUUCGGAUCGACAAAAUGGAUGGUCCAUCGAACUACUUAAGCACAACAGUCGAAGAAAAUGCUCAACGUUGGUUACAACAUUUAUCAUCGGCAGCCAACAAAGUUAGUCGAACCAACUCUUAUAUUGAAAAAACACUUCGCUGUAUACACAUUAAACCUUUAGCCAUAAAAGACUUCGAUUGUCGAGGUUAUCUCGGAAUUUUUGGACAAAAACGGAAACUUUGGAAGCAAAGAUAUUUUGUCCUUAAAGACGCCUGUCUCUAUUCAUAUAUAGAUUUAUCAUCAUCAACAGCUUUAGGAGUUUUUUAUCUUCACGGAUGUAAAGUUCAAAGUACUUCAUUGGCUGGUAAACGUAAUACAUUUGAGAUUAUUCCUUGGGAUCGAAAAAUGAAACAUUUAUGGCUCAUGGCUGAAUCUGAAAUUGACAAGAAAAGAUGGCUGGCUGCAUUGGAAUAUUCAAUUGAUCGCUGGAUUAAAUUGAACUAAUCAAUGAAACUGUUAACAAUUUUGCGGAUAAUUUUGUGGAUUCAAGUUGGGUUCAUUUGAUUAUCUCAAAGACUUUGGUCAACAGAAGUCCCUCCAAACAUACAAAUGAAAUUACUAAUUGUAAUUACAGAAGAUCUAUCCAAUCAAUUUUCAUCCUCUUCCAAUAAUUAUAUCAAUACAAUUUAAAUGCCCAAUUUGUGUAAAAUACUUUCCACUCUCAUCAAGAAACCUUUAGUAACUUUUAAUUAAUCUGAUUAUUCAUUUAAUUAAUUUUACAAAUUCUAAAGUAAUCUUCUUUCAUCAUGUACAUAUAACACAUUAUUGAUAUG